GCUACUCCUUCCAUAAAUACACUCAUCAACCUUCAUUUCUUUCUGUGCUUUCAAUUCAACCUGAGAUCCGCCAAACUCCACACACCACACCUCUUGUUCUUUUCCUCAGAUCUUCAAGCCGCUAUGCUUAGAACACUAGCCAGGGACUUCAAGCUCACCACCCUUGCCAAUGAUUUGCUUCAAAAACGCAGCAGAUUCUAUGCAACUUUGGUUGGUGGAAGAAGCAGGCUCGAGGGAAAAGUGGCACUCAUAACAGGAUCCGCAAGUGGACUCGGCAAGGCCACGGCCCAUGAGUUUGUCCAACAUGGGGCCCAAGUAAUCAUUGCUGACAACGACACCCAACUUGGCCCACAGACUGCAAAAGAGCUGGGCCCAUCAGCCCGCUACGUGGAAUGCGACGUCACUGUGGAGGCCCAAGUGGCAGAGGCCGUGAAUGUGGCCGUGGCCCACUACGGCAAGCUGGACAUCAUGUACAACAAUGCUGGCAUCGCAGGCCCAACGUUUCCACCCAGCAUAGCAGAUCUGGACCUUGAUGAGUUUGAUAGGGUCAUGAGGAUCAACAUUAGGGGAAUGAUUGCAGGCAUAAAGCAUGCGGCCCGGGUCAUGAUACCAGUGGGCUCUGGGUCCAUUCUAUGCACAUCAAGCAUAAGUGGGCUCAUGGGUGGGCUUGGGCCUCAUCCUUAUACAAUAUCAAAGUCCACUAUUCCUGGGAUAGUGAAAUCUGUGGCUAGUGAGCUUUGCAAAGCUGGGAUAAGGAUAAACUGCAUAUCCCCAGCUCCAAUUGCUACACCUAUGGUUUUGGCCCAAUUAGGAAAAUUUUACCCUGGCUUAACCCAAGAACAAAUUGUGGGUAUUGUGAAUGGGGUUGGAGAGCUCAAAGGUGCUACGUGUGAGGACAUUGAUGUGGCUAGGGCUGCAUUGUUCUUGGCAUCAGAUGAAGCAAAGUUUAUCUCAGGCCACAACCUCAUUGUGGAUGGAGGCUUCACCACCUUUAAAAGUCUUAGUUUCCCUUCUCCAAAUGUUAACUCAGUUUAAUUUCUAUGCAUUAUUAGUCCAACUCAAUCAAUCAAAUAUCAUGUUAGAUAUGAUUUUGAAAUCGGUUGUUAUAAAAGUUAACAAACUUAUCAUACAUAAUUAUCUAUGAUUGAUUGACAGUGUAAAAUUUUUUUACAUUUAUUUUCUUUUGUUAAUUUUUGUAAUGUAUUAUGGUUGGUUUAUGAAUA